GAGACUAGUUUACGCUGCAGGGACAUGGACCGGGAUGAGCCUGCAACAUACAGUAUAUAGCACAGGACACAAGGUUGACAGGCAGGACAAGUCUGAGACAUUCACAGGAAAUUCAGUGACACUCUAAAUAACUCCUUGUCACUGCUAAGAGGGACUCACAGCUGGACUUUUAUGAAUACCGGUAAGCAACAGAAGCCAGUGCUAACAGGCCAGCGGUUCAAGACCAGGAAAAGGGAUGAAAAGGAGAAGUUUGAGCCCACAGUUUUUAGAGACACAAUUAUUCUGGGCCUCAACGAAGCAGGAGGAGACCUCGAUGCUGUAGCCAAGUUCCUGGACGUUACCGGGUCCCGACUCGACUACCGUCGCUAUGCGGACACUCUCUUCGACAUCCUCAUCGCGGGGAGCAUGCUCGCUCCCGGUGGGACGCGCAUUGACGAGGGGGACAAGACCAAGGUGACAGAACACUGUGUGUUUACCACCAAGGAGAACCAUGCCAACCUCCGCCACUAUGCUCAGGUUUUUAACAAGCUUAUCAGGAGGUACAAGUACCUGCAGAAUGCCUUCGAGGAGGAAAUCAAAAAGCUUCUGCUGUUCCUGAAGGCAUUCAGCGAAUCAGAGCAGACCAAGCUGGCUAUGUUGACUGGUAUCCUAUUGGCUAACGGCACUCUGCCCCCACCCAUCCUCACCAGCCUCUUCAGUGACAAUGUUGUCAAGGAAGGUAUCUCUGCAUCCUUUGCGGUGAAGAUGUUCAAGGCUUGGAUAUCUGAGAAAGAUGCCAAUGCCGUCACCUCAGCCCUGAGGAAGGCUAACCUGGAUAAGAAACUCCUGGAGUUGUUUCCUGCCAACAAGCAGAACAUGGAGCACUUCUCCAAGUACUUCAAUGAGGCGGGACUGAAGGAGCUGUCAGACUUUAUGCGUGUGCAGCAGUCUCAGGGAACACGCAAGGAGCUGCAGAAAGAACUGCAGGAGCGCCUCUCUCAGGACUGCCCCAUACGAGAGGUGGAAUACCAGAUACCAUGUCCUGCCUUUGUGCCCUUGAACAAGCUCCAAGAGCAUUGCGUCCCCCUCUGCUUUCAACCCCUCAUUGGGAUGGUGGUGUACGUGAAGGAGGAGAUGAAGAGGAGUGCUCUCCAGGAGCAGGCUGUGAUCGGUCUGCUGUGGAACAUUCUCAUGAAUGCUGUGGAGUGGAACAAGAAGGAGGAGUUGGUCACCGAGCAAGCCCUCAAACACCUUAAACACUAUGCCCCCCUGCUAGCAGCGUUCAGCACCCAGGGCCAGUCAGAGCUGGUGCUGCUACUGAGGAUCCAGGAGUACUGCUAUGACAAUAUCCACUUCAUGAAGUCCUUCUCCAAGAUAGUGGUGCUCUUCUACAAAGCUGAUGUGUUGAGUGAGGAGGCCAUUCUGAGGUGGUACAAAGACACUCACACCACCAAAGGGAAAGGUGUCUUUGUCGAGCAGAUGAAGAAGUUUGUUGAGUGGCUGCAAAAUGCAGAAGAAGAGUCCGAGUCUGAGGGAGAGGAGGACUAGCAGACCAACCCAACAAGGAGUCUAACUCUGACGGCUGCUGCAUCCUGUGGCCUGUAUAUGUCAAUCAGCCUGUAGUCCCCAUCUCGUAUUUUUAGAAGAUUUGCUAGACUAUCAUAUUAAUGUGGUUCCUGAUACAUUCAAGAUAAAUACUUAUCCAGGCAUUGUAAGAAGUAUGAGAUAAUGUGUGCAGUGUGACUGCAAUAAAAAAACGACCUGGAACACACCCAUCCAUAUUACCUAACCGACCAGGGGUCCUAGACUCCUCAAUCACAGUGCAACCCUCAGUGAAAAACCACGGGACCUCCCGACUCAACUUCAGGAGGAUAGGAGACUAGAUGUCAUCUAUCAAGACCACCCAUCUGUGAUAUUUAAGCUUUUUUUGUUGUUUUUUAAGGAUUGGAGGUCAGUCAGUGAACUCCCUUUACCAAUGUUGUUCAGGUUUAGAGAGGAAGUCAAGACCUCAAUCUGCAGUAGAUUGUCAUCCUCGUUUUAUGAAAACUCAACUUUGUGUAACUUGGCAAUGCUUUAAUCUUUUUAUUAAUAAAGUGUUUUAUAUGUA